AGGGGUGUACUCGAGACUACUGAAAGAUUUAUAAGUGCAUUAAGACUGCAGCUUUAUAGAGCAAAACUCAACCCGUUUAGCUGUUUGCGAAUUUAUUGGAUUAUCACCAUUUGUGCCACAUCAGGGACUUGCAUAAGAUUAAAUAAAAUGGAUUUGAGGAUUAUUUUUCCAGUGUUGUCCAUGCUGUCAUCUGGAAUUUUUGAUUUGGCUGCUCCAGCAUCUUUGGGUCUUGACACAGCACAAGCCACAGCAAUCUCUGUGCGACACUCCAGGACUAAGAGAUGUUCCUGCGCAAGUUUUAUGGAUAAAGAGUGUGUCUACUUUUGCCACCUGGACAUAAUAUGGGUCAACACACCAGAGCGAAUAGUGUCAUAUGGACUUGGAAACGCUCCACGUAAGAAGCGCUCAGUAACAGAACCUGUUGUGCCCAAGUCACGCUGCAAAUGUGCAGAUAGUCAAGACAAAACAUGCUCAUCGUUUUGUCAGCUGGACAAUUCCUUACAGCAUAAAGCAGCAUCAGACAAGGCAAUCCAUGCCGCCCAGGGCCAAGAUUGUGCCGAGAAGCAAUGCAAACACAAGCUGGCAGACAAACAGACAACGAUUAGACGGGUGAAAAACACAAAACAGAUUGGUGACAUCCUCUCCAGGGUGAGGGCCAUCAAGAGGAUCCAUCUUCUCCUAGAGAAAUGGGGAGUGAGGCGGCACCACAGGACACAAGCGUGGACGUCUGAAAACACUUCCUCAUAGAGAUCAGGCUCAUCUUUGCUGAUCCACCACAGGACUUACCUGGAUAAGAAGCUCCUCUCUGCUCAUUUAUCGCACACGUCUUGUGUUUUCAUGCCAUGGGGUGUCAUCAGGUGUGUUGGAAUACCUACAGAUGCAAGCGUCUUGGAUUGUGACACCUUAGAAGUGAGUCAGUAUCAAUGUGGCAUUGUGGAGCUCAGGGGGAUGAAAAACAAAGGAAGAUGUUGACUGAAACAAACCAAACCUCAAAUUAUAAAGACUAACCUCUAUCAACGCUAAAUGUUUCUGAACUAGACCUUCUGGUGCAUGGGAUAACUAGAUGAAGAAGCCAAGUGGGAUGUUUAAAUUAAACUGAUUGCAAAUAAUGACUAGCAUUGAAGAUAUUUGUUGCACAUGAGGAAUAUGCUGUAACUAAAUGAAACUGUGGAAUCAGGGACUCCAGAAACUCAUCAGAGGACACUGAACAUCAAGCCACUACAAGCCAAAGACUCUUUCUUGGAUCUUGUUACUGGACUUAUUCACUUUAUUCACUGUAAAACAAUGAAGCUCUGUAACUGCGUCAAUGCUUCAAUGGAAUUGCUAUUUUUCACAUUUAUGUUAAAUAUUUAUCUUUAGCCAUAUUGGCUAAUAAGAUUUUUCUCAAUGUUAUUUCUAUGAAAUGAUAGCAUUUAAUUGCCAUUAAUGUGGUUAACUUUUUUAGGCAAUAAUAAAUAUUUUACAUUAUUUAAACAA